AUCACAGUAGUGAUGUGACAGGCACCACAUUGAAAUGGAUUUUAACUGGCAAAAGUAAUUAGGUAAUUCUCAGGAAGCAAGUUCGGAGGAAAGUUUAAUACUAUACUUAGUGUGCUGAGGAUUAUUUCGACGUUUAUUGUUUUACAUUUAUUUGCAACUAAAAACCACCGUGCGUAGGAAAUGAGUAAACUAAUUGAGGAUUGGUCUGAAGACUAGAUAAAUACAAUUUUCAAAGUACUUCAAACAUAGCACGGAUUUCAGUUAUAGAGUAGUGAUGGAUUAGCGAGUAAACAUUAACGCAUUGAAAAAAAGAAGAGUUUUAAUAUAAUGAAAAACAGACGGAUGGAAUUCUGCAGGUGCUAAGUAUUCCGUGAACUAACCGCACUUCUACAUUCCAAGGAAUUUAAACCUUAUUAUAUUUUUCCAUUUAGAUUCCAUUUGUGUUUAUUUUUUUCACAGGAGUGAGAAAAAAUGGAGUAUACUCAAAGAAUAGUAUUACUUUUUCUUAUAUUUUCAUUCUUAUCUGUGAUAAAAUGGUCCCAUGCAUUACAUUUUACCAAAACAGCCCGCACAUAUGCAAAAUUUCCAAAAUGGGACGCCUGUACAAAUAGUUCAUUUAGUUUUGAUUUUAAGACGAGAUACAGCGAUGCUUUGCUUAUGUAUACGGACGACAACGGCGAUUACGAUUACGUCGAAAUUAUGCUCCACGGCGGUGCCGUACGUCUACGUAUGAAUAUCGUCGACGGAACGGAAGGUACCGUGGAAAUAACGCUUGGACGUAACGUCAACGACGGUCAAUGGCAUCGAGUUGAAGUUCAACGUAAUCGUAUGGAAACCACUUUGUACCUUGACGAGUUCCAUGACAGCAGGGUUGCUUUUGGCUCGGAUUUCUACUUUGGAAAUAUCAGUGGCAAUAAUGAUGUGUAUUUUGGAGGAUUACCACGGAGUUACAGAAAUUCUUUAACUAAAUUAUCGUUGCCUUCGGUAUUCUCUGAACCACGUUUUGAGGGAGUUAUACGGAAUGUUAUAUACGGUAACUGCACGUGCCGACCCGUGCGCGGUGAAAUGUUGGACGGAGAUUCUGUUUCACGGCUACCAGCUGAAGGAUGUGACGUCAAAAAUGACUGUGGGAAGUGUCUAUGUAUAAGCGGGGAUGAAGGGCCCGGAUGCCAGUGUUUGGGUUUCAGUUGCCCGCACGAGUUAAGACCUGGAAGUUUUCCGGAGGAGGAGACAAUACUCCGUAAUUACGACACCAACAUAUACUACCACCUACCAAUGGACGUGCUCAAUGUCAACACGAUCCCAAAUCCUUCCGGUCUGGACGCGCAGGUCACCGGAAGUCCACAGCUUGUAGACGGCGUCGUGUAUAAAGCGCUGCGCAUAGAUGGUGCGCGACAGAAAAUCAAAGUGUCAGGCCCUGGCCAUAGAAAUGAGUGCUUCGGCGAUUUGACUCUAUGCCCCGAAGGAUAUACUAUCGGCAUGUGGGUAAAAUUCGACAGAACGGGUAAAGGAAAAGGUGUUUAUCUUUCCAACGGUGGUCAUACGGUUAGUUCUCACGGCGUCGCCAUGUUGUACGAAACCGGAAGUAUGCAAUGGAUAUUCCGAAAAAAGACCGGACAUGAAUGGCGGGCAACUGCACGCAAUAUCUUACCUCGGAGAUGGUACCACGUGACAGCCACGUGGUCAGAAAGCAAGGGACUUACCAUUUAUAUCAACGGAAAUAAGGUUGCUCAGGAAAACACAUUAACUCUAAACCCCGGUUUAUCUUCAUACACGCCAUAUAACGACUUUUUCAUUGGCCAAUCAAAUGACGUCACAAAGACACGUGACCUCGGCGUUAUGACAGUUGACGAUUUCCAGUUCUGGUCAAUGCGUCUGGGCGAAACCAUUCUUAGAGAAAAGGGACCAAUAUACCAAUAUCACCUUACAAUGGACCAAUUACACGACGGGCAACUCGUUACAAAAACCUUGGAACCAAGAACCAUAGGCCGUUUGAGGAAAGUUUCCGGUAAAAUAGACAAAGCUGUCCAGUUUCCAGGACGCGGACAAUAUGUCGACCUUGGUUAUUUCGCAGACACUUGUUUAGGAAACACAACACUGUGCAUGUAUGGCUUUACUAUAUCACUAUGGAUAAAGUAUAAUAGAUUGGAAGGUAAUGCAUACUACAUAGCUUCAGGACCUACAGGUUUUUCCUUGUUUACCUACGGAACAAAACUUUACGCAAACGUCCAAUAUGGCGACCGCCAGUACCAAGCUUCCGCUUCCGAUGUACAGACUGGUAUAUGGUAUUUUACGGAAGUGACGUGGAAUCCUACUACCGGUUUGGAGAUAUAUGUGGACCAAAUUCUAAAAAUAUCGCAGCCAGCAAGCAACCAUUAUCAAAUCGGACCAUCGGGAUAUGAUAAUUUUUACAUCGGUCGAGCAAAUACAAACAUGCUUUCUAAUGAAAGAUAUGGAGCGGCUUCCUUAGAUGAUAUUCGUAUAUACAACUCUGAUAUUAAACGUCUGCUUGCGAUAGAUUUCAUUCAUAGAGAAAAACCACAACACAAAUACUUUGGCUUUGAUGAAAUGGACGGGACAAGAAUCAAGCAUCCCUCGACCAUGAUUGAAACUCAGGGAAACGUUCAGCUGGUACCCGGAAAAGUAGGUCAAGCACUACGACUAAAUGGGACGCAGCAAAAAGCUUAUUUUGACAAUGGAGACGAUUGUUUAGGGAACAUAGAUUACUGUUUCCAUGGAAUUCUGCUGUCAUUUUGGUUCAGACCGGAAGAUGCAAAAGAAGGCAUGUACUUUUUAUCUACUGGAAGAAAUGGCGUAGACCUGUCUUACAUGGAUAGAAAAUUCAAAAUAAGAAUCAGUAAUUCAGUUUAUAUUUGGGAACUUAUGAUGUCACAAAUGCAGGCGAACACGUGGUACUUCCUUGAGAUCACGUGGUCAGAAGAAAAUGGUCUGGAAUUAUACGUAAAUAAUAAAUUGAUAGAAGGAGACAGGUACCCGGCGGAAGUGGAUAGGGACGGCCUGUCACAGUUCAGCGACAAGUUCAUUUUAGGCCAAAACAAUAACGCCGGAAACGGAGGUGAAUAUGGUGCUGCCACCUUUGAUGAAAUGGAAUUCUGGUAUGCGUCACGUGAUUAUUUACUGGCGUUCGGUUAUAUUUUCAGAGGCAAGCCAACAAACUACCUUAUCGAUAUGGAGGCGAUCAAAGAUGGCGGACAGCAGAUUGAAUACGGUUCAUUUCCGGUAAUGCUAAAAGGAAAUCCGUUGCUGGUACCCGGAAAGUUCGGCAAUGCGUUACAAUUAAGCGGGAACCGCCAGUACAUUGAUCUCGGUAAACGGAAUGAUCAAUGUUUCACUAACUUAGACGCCUGUAAUUUUGGUAUAUCCAUAUUUUUCUGGGUAAGAAUUAACGAUUAUGACUAUAAUAUGUAUAUGUUAUCAACUGGAGAUGGUGGCAUCAAAAUGUACUACAACCUUGGGUACAUUUACAUAACUGUCGAUAAUGGCCGGAAGUCAUGGCGAAUGAGCGUUCCACAACUUACUGAAGGAAAAUGGCAUUUUCUAGAACUUUCUUGGCAUCCUGAUUUCGGCUUAAGCUUUUAUAUAGACAAUGAGCUUCAGAAGGUCGCGAGUUAUCGUUUCAUACCGGAAAUACGAUCAACCGGAAGUGAACAUUUCUACAUUGGCGCUCCAAACGCAGACGACGUGCGAGGUCAAAGGUAUAAUUACGCUACUAUGAAUGUUGAUGAACUGGAAAUAUGGUAUGGUAGACGUGAGGAAUUGCUGGCGUUUGAUUACAUUGUCAGAGAAAUCGUAGGCUACGAGUCAUUCUCCAUGGAAACUGCUUCACGUGAACUCAUUGACCACCCUAAGUAUCGUGUCACUCUAGAACGAGGCGCAAGACUGGUACCCGGUAAAAUCGGAAAUGCUGUUUCCCUGCAAGGAAAUGGGGAUUACGUUGACUUUGGUGAACAUAUGGAUAAAUGCUUUGCCAACAUUGCUGAAUGUAAACAUGGACUAACGAUCUCAUUAUGGUUGUAUCCAAGAAGUUUGAGAACGAAUCAGUACUUUUUAUCCAGUCCGUCUUAUUCCCUUUACCUGGACAACGGAGAAUUAAAAUCAAAAUUCAUGUCGACUGAUAAAGCAUGGACUGUAAGUUCCGGAAAUAUUCAUCUGAACGAUUGGAAUAAUAUCAAGCUUUCUUGGGAUGAAGAUCGAGGGCUUAAAAUGUACGUAGACGAUAGAUUGAUGGAUCGAGACAGAGAACCAACUGAAUUGAUGCAAAGUGAUGAACCACAGACCGGAAGUCUUUAUAUUGGGAAACCUUCGGACAAGAACAUUGAUGGAACAGCCAACAUGAUGGCGGAUGAAGUACAGUUUUGGUACGCUAACAUGGAAAGGCUUCGUUCUCAAGGAAUAAAUGGCGGUCGAAUACAUGAAGUAGUUCCGCUCAGUCAGAUGCCAUCUAGCGGCGUUCUUAAACUACCAACAAGAACGAUAAGUCUGCAAGGCGGUGCCAGCGUUGUACAAGGCCAACACGGUCGGGCGAUCAGGCUUGGUGGAAGGGGUCAGUACAUGGAUAUGGGUGAGAAUCUCACGUGCGGCGGUAACCUUGACAACUGUAACCAAGGAUUCACAAUGAGGUUUGCUGUGAAACCAGAGAAGCUCCUUAAUAACAUGUACUAUCUUGACAGUUAUCCAGUUUCUAUAUUUUACCGGGACGGGAAGCUAUAUUCUACAAUAAGAACGAGCACAAAGACGUGGACGGUGGGAGCCCCGGGCUUGAAGACCGGAGAAUGGCAGGUUGUGGACAUCUCGUGGCAUCCUGAAAUCGGGUUGACCAUGUAUGUGAAUGACGAGGAAGUCGGGGCUCAUAAAACUCACGGCACUAGUAUCGAACCCGUAUAUGAUUACACAAGAGACACGGUGUUUGGUAAAGCCUUUACCGAGAUGCGGAGUGAAAGGUACGCUGAUACAACUAUUGAAAAUUUUGAAAUUUGGAAUGUUCGUCGGGAUGUCCUUACAGCCGAAGGUGGAGACUCAACAAAUAUCGGCGGCGAUCUAUUUCCCGUUGGUAAACCGACCCCAAGACCUACUCUACCAACGCCGCAGAUAAAUACCGUGCAACCUCCAAGUGCCGACGAUUCUACAACACAAGUUUUUGUGACAAGUUUUCCGCAAAAUGGAGAUUCUCAAAAUGUCAACAUUGGUACCCGGCUUCUCAAGACAACCGUUGACUCCACGUCGAAUAUCAUCCGAUUCCGAGGGUCUUCUUUUAUUCGGUACGACCUUACCGUACUAACAUCUGAAAUGCUGGUACCCACAGAAAAAGAAACACUGGCACUAGAGUUCAUCACCCAGGAAAAGGAUGGACUGCUUUGGAUUUUCAAAGGAACUAAUGGCCAGAAGAUGCAUUUAGUACUUAAGGAUGGUUACCUGGUGUUUACCUACAAUGAUAACCGAGGAUCUCCGCAACAGGCGAUCAUCCGACAUCCGGAUUCCCGCGUUCUAAACGACUUCACCUUUCACUCCAUAAGAGUAGAUAAAGAUGGAAGAAACUUGAAGUUUUACGUUGAUAACAAAUUUUCAACUGAGAUGACGACACGAGCCCAGGUACAGUUUGUGAGUAGCGGGGAGAUAUAUCUCGGGGGCACAGCAAAGACGAGUGUGGACACAGACGGGCUUACACGCACCAACUUCGACGGUGCUAUAACUGACGUGGAGACAACGAAAAUUAGGGGUCCUUCUAACCAGCUUGUUAUCAGUUUCCUGCAGUAUGUCGACAAGAAUUCCGUCAUUGGAGAUAUUGAUAUAAUUGACCCUGGCAGGUGGAACAAUGGCUCAUAUAUUUGGGGCACUACCAGACCCCCGCCGACAACUCAAGCCCCCGCAAGGCCCAACCCCCGUUACAUUUUUAUCCGGUUCCUCCAUGUUUUCCCUUACAAACGCCCCUUUACAUGGCAAUGGCGGUUUUCUCAGUUUCCGGUUUCCGGAACAUGGAAAAACUGGUCUGUUUCCAUUGCUAAAGGAAACGACCUACAUUUCGUAGGAAAUCUUUUUAUGGGAAUACUUUUUUUUGUAUACGAUCUGGGUAGUUUGACAAGCAGGAAACCGUUUUCAGAUACCAGGGUAGAUGACGGGGAAUGGCACGAGGUGGUAAUGAAUGUAGCUGGAAAUCGUAUGACCCUAUCUGUAGAUGGACGACGUUUUAGUGUACCUGUCUCCAGUCAAAAUAUGCUGAAAAUGUACUUCCGGCGACUGUACGUCGGCGGAUAUGAAGAUUUUUCUAAUGCACCAUGGCCGUUGUACGCUAGACAAGGUUACCGCGGUUGUUUAGAGGCUCUGAAAGUCAACGAUAUUGGAUUUGACUUACACCGGUAUAUCAGCGGCGUUGUGGGCGUGGAGAGGGGCUGUCGAUCGAUGAGACAGGUGUGUCAAACCCAGCCCUGUGUGAGCGGCUUCUGCAGAGACCGGAUGGAUAACUACAUCUGUGACUGUGCCAACACACCUUACACUGGUCAAAAUUGUGACGAUGAUGCUGUUGUUGCGGGUUGGGACGGUACACUUGCGACCACGUUCACAUUCCUUAACCGGGAACUAACUCACACGAACGAUAUCUCCUUCCGGUUCCUUACCCCACUCAGCGACACAAUACUCUUCCGAACAGAGGCAGACACUAGGGGCGAUUUCAUUCAAGCCCAGCUUGAGGGCGGUAAGGUCAGGGUCACCAUGAAAGUGGAUGGCAUAACAAAGACUUUUGUCACUGGUAAUAAUCUGAACGAUUACUUUUGGCACACGUUGUACAUCCGACGACGUGCCGACGAUGUUGAAGUCUGGGUUGACGACGAGCCAAAAAUGGUCGGAAUUAUCGGAGGUGAAAACUAUAAACUGUUUAUUGACAGAAUUAAGUUUGGAGCCGUUGGGAGCACUGGAUCUUUAAAAGCAAAUGACUAUAUCGGAUACAUGCAAAACUUUAUCUACAACGACCAAGAACUGUUCAGUCAACUCAAAAACCAAAAUCCAAACGGAAAAUGGAUUAUCAAAUACCCGUAUGAUGAACUUCCUUUACUUACUUAUAAACCCGUUACCCUCACAACCAGCGAUACAUACUUCCAGCUACCUACACUGUACGAAAGCCGCACCAUGAAAAUUAUGUUCAAAUUCAAAACUCGCGAGUCCAAUGGUUUAAUGCUGUAUCAUACCGGAGAAGGAAGUGACGUCAUAGCUAUAGAAUUGAGUAACGGACAGGUUCGAUUAGCAUACAACCUCGGCGGAAGGAAUAAGUUCACUGUGGUUCCCACUCGAAUGUUAAAUGAUAAUAUGUGGCACACUGUAAUGGUUUCAUUGAAGAAUGGACAGUUCUCUUUGAGGGUUGAUACUGAAAGAAUGGACGUAACGACAAGUGACGGAGAUGGCCGACUUGAUUUAAGCGGGAAUCUAUACAUUGGAGGGAUGCCGUCUGCCAUGUUUAACAGACCAGAGAUAGAUAAGCUGAUAGAAUCUAGGAAAGGUUUUAGAGGCUGCCUUGCCUCCAUGGAUCUGAACGGACAAGUUCCGGAUUUACUACGCUAUGCUAGUAAUAGCCAACAAGUGCUAAAUGGAUGUACAGAUUUAGCAAUGACAUGCGCACCAAAUGCUUGUGGUACAGGAGUUUGUAUGCCAGGUAUCAAUGACUACUGGUGUAACUGUAACAUGACGGGAUAUGUCGGUAUACCGUGUACAGACUGGCCAGUUGGAUAUUAUUUUGGUAAAAAUAGUGGUAAAGGCAUUGUUAUAUACGAAUAUCCCUUCGAGAAACAGGCCGAUUCAAAUGAGGACACCAUAGCGUUUGGCUUUAUGACUAGGGAGGAAAAUGGAGUGCUUUACAGAAUUGAAAAUAGUCUCGACUCAAAGGAGUUCAUUGAAAUAAGGCUGGAAAAUGGUUAUAUAAUUGCCGAGUCCAACACCGGAAGUGGUUUGAUCAGCAUGACAGAAAACGCCAGAAAGUUUAGUGACGGUGACUACCACGUGGUCAGGUACAUUCGCACCGGACGUAACAGCACGCUGCAAGUGGACAGUUUGCCUGUACAGAUGAUAUCCCAUUCAGGUGUUGCAACGUUAUUUAACAAAGUAUACAGAGUUAUGUUAGGUGGUAAGUUAGGAGAGGGCGGAGCUCUGUCCAGUAAUUUCUAUGGUAUAAUGGGCGGAGCUUACUACAACGGUCACAGAUGGUUUGAUAUGCUGAACACAGGAACGUUUUUACACGGGAAACUUGCAAGACUGCGUGGAGACGUUGUGUUGACCAAACCUUUCCUACUAGUGGCUGGAGGUGGACCUACUACAGCGGCUCCCCCAGAAAUAUUUAUCCCGGUUGGUGAGCCACUCCCCAAGAAUAUUGGUGGUGGUGGUGUGAUUGGACCAGGCAUUGGUGGAAGCUCGAACCCAGGAGCUGGCGAUGUUAUUGGGGUUGGCGGUCCAGGCGGGAGUCUUACCCCUAUCGGCGGAGUAGCUAUUAACGUACCCGGUGAACCCGUACCCUUGGCAUCGUCCAUGGUUGGUCCAGCUUCACCAGCGAUGGCGGGCGGUGCUCGCGCUGGAGCUGUCGUGGGAACUGUACUUGGUACCAUGGCUUUUCUCACAAGUCUGAUGUGGGCUCUUUAUAAACUUAAACCCGGGGUACCGGCAAUAAUGAGUCCCGGCGCGGGAGCCGCCGGUGGUGGAAGCUCGGGCAUGAGCAUCUCGGCCCCAAGAGCCACUUCAAACCUCGGCGCGGUUCAAGCAGCUAGUGCAGGCGGUGGCGGUGGUGGGGGUGCAGGUGCCGGAGCAACUAAGGUCACUGUUGUUAAUGGAUCAGCCGCUGGCGGUGGUGGCGGCGGCGGCGGCGGCAGUUCUACGUACACGUCAUAUUUCCAGUCUACAUCAACCGCGGUAGGUGGUGGCGGCGGCGGUGGUAGUGCGGGCGGUGCCGGGGCCGGUAUGGCAGGAUCUCAUGUCGACGCUAUUGACUCAUCAACUCUUAGGGCAACAGGCACAUUCUCUAAUAAAGGCACGGCUAUUGGCUCCCCUACUACGAAACGAGCUCAUCUUGGUUCCUCUUCCACAGGCUACUCGGCCGGUUACCAGUCCAAUACAAUGCAGAGCUACGGAAGUUCAGCGGGCGGAACUAUGGACAGCCGGUUUAUGUCAGCGGGUGGUGGAGACAAUAUCCCCGACUAUGAUUUGCCCGUAGCUGGAACUCUACAAUCUGGUCACAACUACUCCUCCUCUACUCUAAAUACACACUAUAACUACCAGGUGAAGGGGCUUGCAGCUAACAGUUCAGGGUUUGUGGCAUCGACGCAAUUACAGCCUUCAACACAUACUAGUGUUUUAUCCAUCAUUAUAUCUGGUGGUAAAGGUUCCUCUACUCCGCCUCGUUCUGAUAUUUACUCCGCAGCUCUUGCGCCUGCGCGAGAUCAAGGUUUUGUUGACAGAUCGGAGGAUAUGAUAAUUGAAUCAGUCCCACGUGUUAUGUUUGUCAGACCAAUGAUCGCUGUUGGCGAUUCAUCACGUGUUGAUGAUAGUCACCAAUCAAACUUCUCGUUUCAAACACGUUCAUUGUCACGUGAUAAUGAGAACUACCAAUCAAAUUUGACUAUUGUGAAAGGCGGAAGCCCUUCAGUUCUCUAUACAACAGAUGUUGAAAACAUUUCAUUCAGUUGUGUGAGUAGUACUGACAAAAGAUCAGGAAAAGAAUUAAAUUCUCAUCGUAAAACUUCAUUACAAAUGACGCCGGACGCGAGAAAAAAGAAUGAUUUUGGAUACAGCAGACUGGAAACAUAUGCAUCUGAAACAAAUAUCGAUGGCACAUUAACACGUAAUCUCUCUGGUAGAAAAACUGACAAAAAUAGCGUCCAGUCACGUGACGAUCUUUAUGAAUCCACAGUUACUGUGACGUCAAACAUUGACUCUGUUGAUAAUAGUCUAUUUAGUUUAACAGAAGAAAGUUCACGAGGUGCUGGUACCCAGGUGGCGCUAUCUGCCAGUAAUGAUAGUUUGGGAUUGUUUAAUGUAUCAAGUGGUACACCAGAGGCUCAUAUUUAUUUAGAAUUUCAGAACGAGCACCCGACUCCUGCUCCGGAUGCUGUUUAUGCUAAGGUCAAUAAAUCGCAGAAGCAAAAGCAGAAAGGUUUUCAGACAAGGACAGAUGACAUAAUUGUCGGAGGAACUGAAGAAGGUUUUGAAAUGGUUGAAAAUAAAUACACUGUGACGUGCUCAGCUGAGUUGAAACCUCAUGAGGAUGAAACGAUAGUUGACGAAACGAGUUUGGAUAUGGUCUCGGCGAUGUCGUUUGACGACACCAUUAAAGCUUUCGAAAACUUUAAAGAUUUAGAGCUCGAGCCAGAAACAAAAGCAGCAGAAUUUUCAGAGUCGCAGACGGAGCGUGCAGAAAACGUGAUUACAUACCAAGCACCGCAGAUUACGAGAAAGAAGACAGAAUCCGUAACAUCAACGGAUAAUUCACAUGGUGCCAAUGCUGACAGUUGGUUUACUGUAACCGGAAGUGGCGGGAAUGAUGUCAGCACGUGGUCGACUUUGCAGACGAAUACAAUGAUGACCACAGAGCGUCAGAAGAACCAACAGACAAGUUUUACGAACGUGACGGUAACUACAACAACAAAUACAGCAGAACCUUCUGGUUUUACUCUUCUUAAUAAAGGACAAAACGAUGACCUGGAAGACGAGUUAGACAGGAGUGUCAACGCCUUGUUAGUUGGUAUAGAUGUUGAUACAUCGGAAUGGGCGGCCAUUAAAGACAAGGGUGUCAGUUCUGAUUCUGAUAAUGACACUUUUGAGGUACAAAAUUUAAAGACGGUAACUAUGAAUAAACAAGGUCAGUAUGUGAUGUCAAGUGCAAUGGGUGCCGGCGCUGUUACCCCCGGUGCCGCUGCUGACGAGGUCCGGGUUGACUGCUGUUUAAUGACUGGUAACGGAGGAAGUGUAAUAACAGGCUCGAGCUUGGGACCACCACAAGUAUGGGACAUGCAGACUGGCGAGUUACAGAACAUUAUGAAAGGAGAUACCGUCGGAUCAACAAACCUUCAUUUAGUGUGCGGGGACCGACUUCUCGUAGGGGCUGUACACGCUGAUAUGGAGAUAAACGAAUACUCAAGCAGAAAGGGAGUUUUCAACCAUACAUUACAGAUUUGGGAUUUCCAAACUGGUCGACCACUGUCUAUGGCUGAAGGUGAAUAUUGUUCCACUCUAUGUCCAAUGAGUGACAGUGAUAAAGUUUUAUUUGGUAGGACUGACAAAUUCGGCGACGCCACUUCAAUAAUAGCUUGGGAUCUGAUGGGUAACCAAAUGAUCAAGGAGAUGAGAUAUGACGCACCGGUUGGAAACAAUGAUUACAUCUCAUACUUAAAUAAAUCACAAAACGACCGCUACAUUGUAGCUGGUUUCACAAAUUCAUUUGACAAUAACGCAGAAUUCAUGACUUUUGAUAUGACUCUUACUAGUUAUAACAUCACUGAACCCGCCAUGUUGAAAUUAGACGCAAAUCCUGACUGCACCGCCAUAUUGCCAAAAGACGAAGCCGUGACUGGUUUACGGAACGGUGACCUAGUUAUUUGGAACAUACGCACUGCGCAGCCCAGUAGACAACUCCUUGGAAGUGGCGGUGCGCAUGCGCAUAGUAGAGAAGUGAAAUCGGUUUCGUUAUCAGAAGACAAUCGUUACUUGGUAUCUGCUUCGGCCGAUGGAACGCUGAAAGUCUGGGACCUGCACACGGAGCGUCCUAUACAUACUCUUCAAGGUCAUACUGACGAGGUUUGGUGCUCUGCCAUUUCAAACGAUAACGAGAUUGUUGUUUCCGGUUCGGCAGACGGUACAAUUCGGCUGUGGCGAAUGAAGAACGGAACGGAAAUGUGUACGUUCAACUGCGGUGUGGAUAUUUUCUACGUCACUAUGUCGAAAGAUAAAGGCACCAUAGUUGCUCUUGGCGACAAAUAUGGCGCCCGGAAGUUAAUUAUGUUGCAAGUUGUACGAACCAAGAUAAAGAAAAUUGUCAGUUCUUAGGAAUAUCGAAUGUUUGAUGAUCAGUGGUGAAUUUCCAACAUAAAAUAAUUAGAUGCAAACAUCAUUAAAAGACAUUUUUAAAUAUCAAAACUUGCCACUAUGUUUUGUGUAAUUAAUAGUUUAAUUUUACUUACGUAUAAAAGUUAUGUUUGAUACAGAAGAUCAGUGUCAUAUUUAAAACUAGUUUUUAAGAUAAACUGUUUGUAAACACAUAUAAAAAUACUUCAUGCGUGUCAAAAUAUAUUUUUUAUUAUAAAAUACUGAACAGAACAAACGUUAGGCAAAUGGUUUUGAAUGGAUAAACAGUCUUUGCUUUCUUUUUUUUCUCGCGUAUUUAGUAACACAGUCGUCAAUCUAAGAUAAUAUAGUCCUGGCUUUUGUGCUAGAAAGUGAAACGCGACUAUUCUUACUUCUUUCACUUUUAAGGAUUACGGACCCUACCUUCAUUUGCGAGCCGCCAUAUUGGUAUUUAAUCAAAUAAUGACGUGAAUAAUGACGUCAUUAUGGAAAACACCACUGAAUCUUAAAUAAAGCACAUGUAUCACGAACUCAGUGAAAAUAAAGCAAGUUUAUUAGUUUUACGAUAUUUCUACCCGAAAUAUGUCGAUAUUUAUCAUUACACGAGGGUUCGUAAUUCUUAAGAACGAAAUGGUGCUAAAAAUUAUGGAAAGUCAAUAGUGUUUUGUAAACUUUUUGAUAUCCACAUGGAGUUUUAAUGUUUAAACAUUGAGUUUUAGAUUUUUUACUUUUCUAACCUUCAUUAGGGUAGUUUCUAUAGUGUCAUAUCUUAAUUAUUUUGUAUCAAAUAUUUUAAAAUAUCCGCCGAUGUCAUGAUGUCAUAAACUUAUUAUUCCAUGUUAACUUAAUGUUUAAAUCUGACAUAUAAGAUUAAAAAAAAAUCAACAGAAGUUCAACCAUCAAGUAUAUACAGGAAAUAUCAUAUAAAUACAUUUACAUUUUGAUCAGUUAUUUAUUUAAACAGAACGAUUCCCUGUUUUUGUAUGAAAUAAUAAAACACACUUAGCAUUUUUCAAUCCCAAAAAACUCUUCAAUGUAUUUAUAUUUCUAUAAAUAUACGAGUAUAGUGUUUAUGAAAUAAUGAAUUAAAUUGAUUUCUUGCAUUACUCUUCCUCCUAAUUUUUCAUACUUUUAGUUUGGAUGUAAACUUAAUUUUGUUAUUUGUUGUAUUUGAUAUAAGAAUUCUCACAUUUUUCACGUGCAAUCAGUUAAAUUACUGUAAUAUGCUUUAAUAUUAUACCUGUUAAAUGUAGCCGAGUGUUUGAAUGUACUGGAUGUUAUUUGUUACGUAAUAUGUUUAUUUAUAGAAACUCUUUAUCGUCAAAAAGGUUUUACUAUUAAGUUAAAAUUUACAUGUUUCCUUAAAAUUUUACAUUUUGCUUACUUUUUCCUUACUGUUUUUUUUCAAACAUUACUUAGAGAGGUGCGGUGGCCUUCAGGUUAAAGUGUUUACCUCUCAAGCUGGAGCUUAUCGGUUCGAACCCCGUGCUCCGAUUACAACCAUUUAUCUCGAGGAAGCGAUGGUAUAAGAAUUACAAGAAUUUGAGCUUAGAUACAUUAUGUUUAAACUGUCAUGUUUUUUGUGUUAGUAAUAAAUUAGCUCCGUCUCCUAAAGGCGUUCAACAGUAUAAUAUGUAUUAAAUAUACGAGACAUUAACAAUAUUUGAUACAACAACGAGUUGAUAAUGUAGAGAUGUCAUAUAUAUUUAAGGAUUACUGACCCUAAAGAGCGUAAUAUAUGAGUAGUCAUAUUGAUAUUUUGUAAAAUAAUGACAUAAUAGUAAAAACACCCUCUUGCUAAAAAUAACUGUACGAAAACUAUCGUAACAUAGCGAGAGCGGUUUCGGGUUAUUACGAUAUUGCCCGACAUAAGCCGAUGUUUGCCGAUUUAGGGUUCGUCAUAAUCUCUUAUAUAUGAGGUCUGUACAAAUCAAGAAACAAUUUUAGAGACAAUCGAAACCUAUUUUUAAAAUUUUCAGGCCACUUUGAUCUCAGGCUGUUUUCGUGAACAUGAUCUUUAAAUAAAUGUUUAUAUUUUUAGAGUAUGUGUUUUAUUAUGUGAACUAUUUAAUGAAUACGAUGCACUAUAAAAGCUUGUUGUAAUACUGCAGUAUAUUACUUAUGCUAGACUCUUACUGAAAUUUACUGUAAUAAAAAACGCUACAUUGUU